UUUUCGGUUGUUGGUCACUGUGGCAGAGCGGUCUGCGGUCGGGCUGAGACGUGGGGAGCAAUGGCGACCUUUGUGAGCGAGCUGGAGGCGGCCAAGAAGAACUUGAGCGAGGCCCUAGGGGACAACGUGAAACAAUACUGGGCUAACUUAAAGUUGUGGUUCAAGCAGAAGAUCAGCAAAGAAGAGUUUGACCUUGAAGCUCAUAGACUUCUCACGCAGGAUAAUGUCCAUUCUCACAACGAUUUCCUCCUGGCCAUUCUUACGCGUUGUCAGAUUUUGGUGUCUACCCCAGAGGGUGCUGGAUCUUUACCCUGGACGGGGGGUUCUGCAGCUAAACCUGGAAAACCAAAGGGAAAGAAAAAGCUUUCUUCUGUUCGUCAGAAAUUUGACCAUAGAUUCCAGCCUCAAAAUCCCCUCUCGGGAGCCCAGCAGUUUGUGGCAAAGGAUCCCCAAGAUGAUGAUGAGUUGAAACUUUGUUCCCACACAAUGAUGCUUCCCACCCGGGGUCAGCUUGAAGGGAGAAUGAUAGUGACAGCUUACGAGCACGGGUUGGACAACGUCACGGAGGAGGCCGUCUCAGCUGUUGUCUACGCGGUGGAGAAUCACCUUAAAGAUAUAUUGACAUCAGUCGUGUCGAGAAGGAAAGCUUAUCGGUUACGUGAUGGUCAUUUUAAAUAUGCCUUUGGUAGUAACGUAACCCCACAGCCAUACCUGAAGAAUAGCGUAGUAGCUUACAACAGCUUAAUAGAAAGUCCUCCAGCCUUUUCUGCUCCUUGUGCGGGUCAUAACCCGGCCUCUCACCCGCCCCCUGAUGACGCCGAGCAGCAGGCCGCCCUCCUGCUGGCAUGCUCUGGGGACACUCUGCCUGCCGCUUUGCCUCCAGUCAACAUGUAUGACCUUUUUGAAGCUUUGCAGGGAGAAGCAGACCUACGCUAUCGUUUUUCUGUGCCAAGUGGGCUCCCGAGCAGACCACGCGAAGUCUGGGCGCGGAGGCCCCAGCGCCCGGUGCUCUCCCCGUACCGCCGGCCGGCCCCGGAGGCCAGCGGAAGGGAGCACAGCCGCUCCAAGCGUGUCAGAUACACACCCCGGCCCUGACGCUCCCCGGGAUUUAUAAGGGGAAGGAAAAAGCUGGCUCUUCAGACCAAAUUCUUUGCGGACUGAGCAACGUCAGAUAGACCACGCUCCUUCAGGCCCAAAUAAUUUGAACAUGACAGCCCUCAGAUUCAGUGUUCUGGCAGCUCACUCCUUGUGGGGAGGGCCAGGCCUCAGAGCAGAACACCCACAAAGUAAGCCAGGCAACGGCACUUGGACCCAAAGGAGAGCUGAAGGCCUCUGAUCCGUGGUACGGCAGCCCAGGCUUGAGAGUUCUCGAAGGCACAGAAAAUCACGGCAAGGGGGAAGGUGUCCGCGGAACACGAACAGGCCUGUCUGUGAAGGUGCGGGGCGUGUGCGUGUGCCUGCGGGUUACCUGGGCUCUCCCCUCCGCGGUCAGUUGCCCUCUGGCGCGCUCUCGGUAUCGCAUUCUCUGGGUCCCUCCCCUCCUCCCGGCAGCUCGCUCUCGAUCUCCCACAGGACGUCGUCUUCGUCUUCCAGAUUGCUGGAGAUGUGGCACUUCUUGAAGCCCUGGACGAUGGAUUCGCUGGAGAUGCUGUUCCACGCGACCAUGACCCACUCCAGGAAGAGGCCCAGGGGCGGCUUCUUGGCGUUCCCGGUGGGGCUCAGCGCCAGGUUCCCGGCCAGGAGCCAGUUAGAGUACUGGGCCCGGACGCUGUCAUUGAGCGGCUUGUAGACCACCACGUCCAGCACCUGCAGCUGCGAGGUCAGGCCUCCGGGGAUGAUGACCAUGUCGGUGUUCAUGCUCUCCAUGGAGCUCUUCACGGAAUCCGUGGCGUGGCCGCGGAAGCCGUUCAGGAUCAGCAUCCCUCGCUGCUUGGGCGCCGCGCCGGUCCUCCGACGCCACACCACUUCCAACCAGUCCUGCAUCAAGUCCUCCGUCAUCCACCCGUACCGGUGGCAGCGGAUCUCCAUCCCGCUGGGGAACUUCCCGGGGGGGAUGUACGUGCCCCUCAAGAUGAUGUACGGGGGCAGCUUCCUCCCGUCUGCCAAGACACCCAGCAUUGCCGUGAUUUUCAGCUUCUCCCUGCCCGGCGUCUUGACCAAGACGGGCUUCUCGCCCUGGUUGUCCACGGUCACCCGCGAGGGCACCUCUAGACAGAUGGGCGUCUCGUCGGCGUUCCCCAUCUGCGCCACCUGGUAGUCGUGCGCCCUGCGCAGGGCCAGCACGCUCCGCUGGUAGGUGACGAGCUUCUCCGUCAGGUCUUCGGGCAGCUGCUGGGGCACCGGCACCUUAUGCCGCAGGGACAAGUCAUACCUCCGCAUCAUUCUUCGACACCAACCCAAGCUGGCUUUGAACCCCUUCUCCGGAAUGUUCAUUUCCUGGGCGAUCUCGAGGGCUUUCAGCUGCAUGGCCUCCCUGGUGAUAGGGUCCCCUUUGGCCUGCAUGUACCUGACGUACUCGGCCACGCGCUGGUCCACCAGGGCAAAGCGCCCGUUCUUGGGGCCGCGGAACGCCCGCCGCAUGGCGUGGGCAUUCUGCAGCUGCGGCUUCACUUUGCGCCAGUCCCGAACGUUCUUUUCCAGCACUCCAAACUGCUUGGCAGCCUGGCAGUUGUUGGUGCUCUCAGCAUAUUCCACCACCAUGAGCUUGAACCCCGCGUCGUAACUGCGCCGCAUGCCCCUGCUGAACUGAAACUUCCCGGCAAUAUCGUCCGCCGAGAGGUCGUACCCCGGGAAGCCCAUGGCCAUGUAGAAGGGGUACCCCUCACUCCACUCGGGCAGCUCCGUGAGGUCCCGAGGCAGGCGGAGGCCAAAGCCGUCCAGGUGCUGUGGCUGAGGAAAGUGGGGGGUGGCGUUCAUCGGACCCGCCCAGUCCGGGGGCUUGACGUCAGUCUCUUCAUUUUCUAGGAGACAAACAGGGAGGGGCGAACACAACGACAGUAAGAAAAAUGCCUUCUGGCCUAUUCCGAUUUCCUGGGUGAAAACGCUAAGAAUACCUUAAUCUGAGGUUCACUCAAAGGAGGCCCUUUAGUAACAGAUGACGUUCCCCUAAGUCCUAUGGAUCGCCACACCUACUUCCCACAAUACCUGUGUAUCGCUACUCCUUCUUUGCAGGUGGAGCUACAGAAGUGAAGUAAUACAUCAAGGGAGCUGAGCUACAAAGUGCCAGAGCUGGGACUUGAACACAGGUACCAAACUUGGAUCACACGAUCAUUUUGUGGGCCACGCUUUGGUCAAAACGGUUUUUGUGGGCACGAGAAGCCAAAUGUAACCCAUACAGUAGGUACAGAAUUUAGAUGCACUGCUAAAGGGAUGGCCUGACUCACGUCCCUUACGCCAAGAAAAUCUAUAGCAAAAGCAUACUUCGUCCCCUCACACCAAUGUCAGAACUUCUAUAUUUACAAAGUGGUCGCGGAAACUGAACAGGACUUGGGAAGAUAGCGUGUCUCACCCAAACUAAGAUGCCAUCAGUUGCAAGAUACACCAUGGGAAAAGAAAAAAAAAAAUGCCAUCAAUUUUAAGAGGAGUUCUCAAUUUCAGAGAUGUUAAUGUGGUGGGCGGGGGGGAAACAUGUCUUAGAAUCAAUGAAAUAUGGCAUUUCACACUCUUCCCUAUAGAGAGAAGGUGAAUAAAAUCACUGGCUGCUUAGAAGCUGU